GGAGAAGGACGCAGGAUAAUAGCAUCGAUCGGCCGGAGUGUUCCCAUCAGGAAGGUUAUGAAGUAAGAGCGAGAGGGAGAAAGAGAUAUGACGCGGCAGAGCUUGGUAGACGAUGACGACCGCGACGUGGAAACGUCCGCGUCAGCGUUAGCAGCGGCGCAUAGCUCGGUUCGCUGGAGACGCGAACGUCGUUGAUCGUGCUAGUCCUCGUCGUCGGUCGUUGCGAUUUGCGAUCGUCCUCGUGAUCGUGCAAUGCGGCUCGCGGCCACGGCUAGUGGGUGGAUCGGGGGAAUAGCGGGGCACGGAGGGCACCGCAUGGCGGAACGAGGUGGGGACCCGGCGAGAGGUCGGGAAGAGAGGCACCGAUAUCGAACCGGCGCGGACGGCCAGAGUGCAUUCCGUGAGCGGUAGACGCGUAUCGUACAUAGUCGCGAACGGCUGAUAUGCCUGCGCGCGUCGUUGGUUGAACGUAAUCGCAUGCUAGACGCUUGCCUGAGUAAAAUCUAGCGAGAACACGAGCGCGGAAAAACGAAUCGUUUGUUUCUGUUUUACGUUGGCGUCGACCGACGAGUUUUGGUGAGGCGCAACGAGCCGAUGUACGCGGUGGUGGUGGUGCCCGUAGGGUGUGGUGAGCGGAGAACAGGUGUCCACGAGCGUAGCUCGACCGUGAAAACAGCGCGAGCCGGAAACGGACGGGUGCAGCGGGUACAUCGGCAUGAAUUUCUUAACGCGUUCGAGAGAAUAGAUAAGGACUGGAUCCGGUCGUUGGCAGAGAGAACGGAGCGCGACUACUCCAGGUAUGUCGACGCCACCGAAGAGCGAGAGUCCUACCGGCGCGGGCGACAGCCCGAGAACACCACGUGGUGGUCGACUCCGGGACAGAGUUAGCUUCUUCGAGCAGGUGUGGUCCGGCGGAGCCACCGAGCACCGGAGCACCGAAGACCUAUUCGAGGAGAUCGAUGCCAAGCGACGCGUCGCUCGGUUUCGAUCGAUCGCGGACCCUAGGCCCUCGUCCAGGACCAGCGAUUCAUCCUUCGAGGAGAGCUUCGAGAGAUUGGUGGAGGAGGGUGAAUUGAACGGCGCGAAGGUGGUGAAAUUCGAGAAGAUCACCGUGAGAAAGAGCGUCCGAGAAAUCGGUCCCGGUACCACCGGCCUCGCUCAUCACCAUCGUGUCCUCACCGAGUCCAGCAGGACGCCAAGCGAGGAACACGCCCUCGAGGAUUCGGCUUAUCAGAGCCACAGCCACGGUGCGUUCAGUCACGGGAGCAAGUCCAGUUCGGUCACUUCCUUUACCAGAUUCCCCUCGGAGGAGAGUCUAUCGCAAAGGCGGACCAGCAGCCCCCAACAGCAUCUGGGACCGGAUGAUCGAAUCCCGUCCGAGUGGUACGCCGAGUAUCGCACGCGAAGCUUUCAUAACCCCGGCAGAAUCGAGUACGUGCGCACCAAAAGCGAAUACGACGCACACAUCGCCGAGAUCAAAGACGAACAAGAACGAGUACAGAAGAAAACUUUUGUCAACUGGAUCAACUCUUACCUAUCCAAGAGAGUCCCACCGCUUCGAGUGGAAGACUUAAUCGAGGACCUGAAAGAUGGCACCCGCCUACUCGCGUUGCUCGAAGUGUUGUCCGGGGAGAAACUGCCGGUGGAACGAGGGCGUAACUUGAAGAGGCCGCAUUUUCUUAGCAACGCCAAUACCGCGCUACAAUUCUUACAGAGCAAAAAGAUUAAAUUAGUCAACAUAAAUUCGUCCGAUUUAGUCGACGGAAGACCGCCCGUAGUGCUCGGCCUGAUAUGGACCAUCAUCCUGUACUUCCAGCUACGAUCGAAGGAUCGAAGAAAGAUCGAAGAAAACACAAAGGCUUUGGAGUAUCUCGGACACACCUGGGGCAGCCAGAGCAGCUUGGAGAGUCUCAGUACUCAGGGUUCGGCCGCCAGCGAGAGAAGACGCAUAAGCAGCGAGAAAUGGAAGCAGGGAGCAAGGAAAACUUUGCUUCAGUGGGUGACCAACGCCCUGCCAAAGGACAUCGGCAUCCAUGUUCGCGAUUUCGGCGAGAGUUGGCGAGACGGGAACGCUUUCUUGGCCAUCAUCGACGCGAUUCGAGCGAAUCUGGUAAACAUCGCCGCGAUGAGAGAAGCUUCCAACAGGGCUCGUCUGGAGACUGCUUUUCAAGUUGCCGAGGUGGAACUAGGCAUCGCCAGACUCCUCGAUCCGGAGGAUGUAGAUGUUCCUCAGCCUGACGAAAAGUCCAUAAUGACGUACGUCGCGCAAUUUUUACACAAGUAUCCGGAACCAGGAUCUGCCGCUGCCGACUCGUUCGCCGCUGUGCAACAGGAAUACGACCGACUGUUUAGCUGGCUCAGCGAGAGAGUCGGACAUUUGGAGCAGUUAGAGAGGACUAAUUCUUUUCCGUUGAAUUUCGGGGAGUACAUUGCCUUAAAAACUGAAGGUGAUCAACAGCGAGCGGUGUAUGAUAAAUUGCAGCGUCUCGUCGAGACACCCAGCAUGAUCAGCAUCACCAGAGACUCUUGGAGACAUAUACAGAACUUGUGGAAAACGUUUGAAAUUCUUAUGUUUCAUUGGCUCUGGCUUCUGGACUCCGCCUUGCCAGGAGAAUUAGGCGAAGUGGGUAGAUGGUUAGGUAAAGCCGAAGCCCUUUUAAUAUCGGACAACGACAUACCGGAGGAGAUGACGGAGGAAACGGCCAACAUAAUAUCGAACAAAUUAGAGGAUCACAAAAAGUUUUUCCUCGACCUACCGUCUAUGACGGAGAGGUUCCAAGCGAGCAGAAAUAGUCAGCUCGCGAUGCAGGUGCAGCCUCAGCAGUUGAACAACAUGGCGGCUCGAUUGGAGAGUCUGCCGGACCGUGCCGCGAAACGGAGAAUCCGAUUAAAGUUCCUGGAACACAAAUGCUGCCUUAUCGCUUUCUUGUUCCUAGUCGAGACGAAGCUCAAGGGCUGGAGCGUCAAGUACGGCACCGAGGAAAGGGUGCAUCAAAUGUUGGAACAGUAUAGAAACUUUGUGUCGCGAAACAGAAUCUUCCAAGAGUUCCAGAAAGCGUAUUUGGACAUGCAGCAAGUCGUCGAUGAUUAUAAACGCGAGGGUAACGUUGACAAAGAGGAGAGCUUCGCCAUCGAUCGUUUCAUGCGGGAGACCGGUGAGAAAUGGAAGAGCGUCUCGAUGGACCUGCGUUGCGUGCAAAGCAUGUUGGAGGAGGUUGUAGCGUAUUGGCGUCGAUGGAACGUCGUCUCGGACGAAUUCGAAGCCUGGUUGAUUCGAGCGGAGCCUGCCCUGAUGCUUCCCGAGGAGGAGAGAAUGGAAUUCUUUCAAGAUAUAAGCGUCUGGAAGGAGAAACACCAGCAACUCUCGGACACCGUCACUUUUCUGAUCGCCACGUCCGACGAGCCCGUAGCUAUGGAGCUGAAGCAACGUUACUCGAAUCUCACGGCAAGAUGGGAGUCCCUGUUCCAAGAAGCCAAGCAGUAUAUGCACGCUGGCGACUUGAUACGAAACAGAAAGGAUUACAGAGCGGGAGUGGAAACUCUGCAAAACUGGUUGAGAAACGUCGAGUCUGCGUUGGCAGCCACCGAUCUGACCACCACCGAAAAGAUCAAAGCUUACGGCGAGAAACUUGAAAUCUUUCACAACGAAGUGGAGGGUAUCGAGGAUCUGUUCAAGAGUAUCAGCAAAAAGUUCCAAACCCUCAUCCAAGACUUGUCUCGCGACGAAGUGGACAAGAUGAUGAGCACGUUGAAGAAGGAGAAAGAAGCCUUGGUUAAAGUUCGAGCGUUGAUACCGAUGCAGCUACACUUGUACCAUCAGUUGCUCGUUCAGCAGGAGUCGUUGGAGGCUGGACAAAAAGAGAUCGCUGUCUGGUUGGACGAAGCGGAGAGAAUGUUGACCGGCGUAGACCUCUCGGGGGGCAGGGAGCAUAUCCUGGCUCAGUUGGAUCGCCACAAAGCCUUCUUCUCGAGAACCCUAUACUACAAGUCGAUGCUAGAAUCGAAGAACAAAGUUUUCGGCAGCAUCGUUAAAUCCGUGGACAGCCACGCGGACGUUGCGACCGCGGAAGGUGGCAAGACCUUGAGAGAAUUGAACGAACGAUUCAACAAAGUGUCCCGGGCUGCUCAAACCUGGGAGCAACGAUUGCAGGAAGCCGUCAGAUGCUGGAGCAAAUUCAAGGAAUGCGAAAGGCAAGUCUCCGAAUGGCUCUCAGUGGCGGAGACAAUGAUCAAUGACAAACACACCGACAACAGACGCUCGAUCGAGUACCACAAGAACUUCUUCGGCAACGUCAACGAGAAAUGGAUUCAGGACUUUGUGAACGCCGGACAGGAUCUAAAGAAUAUUUUGGCUGGCGAGCAGCAAACUCCCAUCGUGGAGGCUGUCGAAGCACUUCAGAAACGCUGGAAGGAAGUGCUCAGUUUCGCGCCUCUUCAUCUAAUGAGACUCGAGUUUCGUCUCGACGAGACAACGUUUUUGCAGUACCUCAAAGAAAUCGAGCUCGAGAUCAACUCCGAACAACAGGCUCUCAUGCAAAACGAGAACGUGGACAGUAUACUCGAGCGGAACAAAGAAUUCUUCGUGAGUCGUGGCACGGUACUGGAGGUUGAAAAGUGUCUGCAAACGUUGAAAAAAAUCAGCCACGCGUACGGUCAAUUGAAACCGAACGACGGCACUCUACUCGAAGCUACGCAAAACGCCGAACGCCUCUGGGAAGAUUCUGCUCAAAGAGUGGAACGUUUGAGGGAUCAGUUGAAGCAGGUACCUCAACAGUGGGCCGCCUACAAAAAGAAACUCGACGAGAUGGUUGUAUGGAUGGACCACGUGGACGCCAACCUCAGAACCAUACUGCACGAAGUAAACACCUUGGAGGAAUUCGAAACGGAAAGAACGAUAUUCCAGGUUCAACUUGUCACGAAAAUAUGUCGCGAAGCGGAUAGCAAGCGCGAAGAAAUGAAGUGGUUGGUUCAAACCCUGGACAGCUUGACCUCCAACCGUUCCGACCACGAGGCUCUAUCGGAACAGAAUCGUCUGGAGCAAUUGAUAACUCGUUACAAGAAUUUGAUACCAACGAUAGAGAUCACGAUGACGAAAACUGACAUCUAUUCGAAAAGUUACACCUACAGGAAGGAAGUGCGCGAGGUGUGCACUCUGCUGCGCAAGGUUCGCGAACAGUCCAAGAUCGACGUGCUGUCCGAAACUCCUGAAAAUCUCCAGACCGCGGUUACCCAUCAGGAAACUCGCCUCGGUCAAUUGGAGCAACAGAGAUCGAACAUCGUCAGUAUGUUGCAGCGUGGCAAAGAUCUUUUAAAGGAUCAGCACGCGCCCCCCUUCGUGUCGCUGGAAGUUCAACAACUCGAGUCCAGCUGGAACGACACGUACGGACAAAGCGUGGAAACCCUGAAAUCCUUGAAGAGCACGCAAAAACUAUGGAACACGUACACGAGUCAGAAGGAAGAGAUCCUCAAGUUGAUCGAACAGGCCGAAGAAGAACUGAAGAAAAUCGAGUCGACCAGCUAUUACGAUGCUUCUCAAGUAUCCUCCGAUCUUCAAAACAAACAGGACUUUGGCUCGACUCUGAGAAAGUCUUCCGAAGAACUGCUUAAGAAACUGCGCGAGACGUACGGCAAUCUGGCGGACGUCGCGCCAACGGAAAGGAAGGAAAUGUUGAAGAAGGAGAUGACGCAAACCGAAAAGAAAAUGGAAACCACUUUGAAGAUCGUCCAGGAGAAGGUGGUUUACCUGCGAGAACACAGUAACCGAUGGAACAAAUUUCAGGCAAAGAUGAACGAGCUGCAGCUGUGGGCACAGCAAACCGCGCCUCAAUCGAUCGCGGACACCGACAACUUGGCGACGACCCCCGAGGAGAUGGUUUACAAAACCGAAAGUCUGCAGAACGAGAUAGAAGAGAAGCGCAAAACGCUAAAGUUCCUAGAACAAGAGUCACGGAACCUCGUAAAAGGUGACAGUGAUAGUGGUCCAGGCAGACAGCUGCGCGGCGACAUCGUUAAUCUCGAGAAAACGCUCGAGACGUUGAAGAAGAGUAUCGUGGUCCAGCGGGACACGGCUGGUAAAAACCUGGAGACGUGGAAAGAGUACGAAAAGGGAAUCCGAGAAUUGAAACCUUGGAUCGAGGAGGCGGAAUCGAAGGCAGCUACGAUAGGUAGCAAACCUACGACUCUAGCUCAAGCAGCUCAGAUGUUGGACACCGCGAAAGCAUUUGAAAUGCGAUGUCAGCAACACUUUACGAACAUUCAGGAGCUAUCUUUGAUCAGUCAACGACUCGCGGGAAAGACAUCGGCCUCGGACCAAGUGGACGCGGUGCACACGCGUUGGAACGCUGUCCACGAUGUAGCCGUCCAAGCAACGACAAAAUUGGACAAACUGGUUACCUCGUGGAACAGUUUCGAGUCCGAGAUCAAAGAUUUCAACGAGUGGUUGGAAAAGUCGGAAAAGGCAGUACUGGUAGAACCCAAUACUCAAACGCCCGAGGUAUCGGUACUGGAGAAAGAGUUGUCGCGGUUGAAGGAGUUCAACAAGACGAUAUCCGAUCACCAGGCUCAAUUGAUAUCGCUCACUCAAGUCUCCGAUCACAUCAGCCACGGUUUGUCCCUGGAGGGAGCGUCCAACUUGAAGUCUCGAGUCUCGGACAUAAAAUCCAGAGUGAGCAAACUGGCCGACACCGUCAGGUUGCAGCUCAACAAGAUUUCCGAUUCCCUGUUGGCUCGUCAAGAGUUCCAGAUGAAGAUCACCGAUUUCGAGAAUUGGAUGUCGCGACUGAGAUCGAACAUCGCCGAGAUCAGCGAGGCUACGGUGGACACAGUCGAUACCAAUCUCCAAGCGGUGCACGCCUAUAUCCAGGAACACUCGGAGAAACAACCUAGUUUCGCGGCGAUCUACAACGAAGUGAAACAACUUUCGUCGAAAGGAUCGGUCGUCGAGGCAGCUGCCCUCGAUGAAACCUACGCCACGUUGGCGAUGAAGUACAAAGCAUUGGAGGACGAUCUGCGACAGAAGAAGAAAGAAUUGGAGAAAUGGAUCGAACUGUUGAGCUGGCUGAACGAUGCGAACGGGCAACUGAGUCACUGCAAGUACGAGGCAGAGGCUAGAAAACCGACUGUCGUCGACUUGGACAGAUUUUCGUCGGAGUUACAAUCCGUAUACGAGAAGAUCGACGGUUGGAAACAGCAAAUUUUGCCAGACGCGGGUACGGGUAUGGGCAUGGGUAUCCAAAUUCGAGACAAGCAAGGAAAACCGCUGUCCGCCUCGGGCCUGUUGAACGACCUCGAAAACAAAGCGAUAGCUCUGAAGAACGAGAUAUCCGCGAAACGCGACAAAUUGGAGAACCUCGGCGCCAGGUGGAACAAUUUCCGAAAGUUGCAAGAAAACAUCACCGAAAAAAUACUAAACACUCAAACGGCUCUUCAGGAAACGGUUUACAGUGUAGACUGCUGCAAGCGAUUGGCGCCCGCCGUGGAGAAGAUCGAUCGGCUGAUCGAGGAGCACCGAAAGAGGGAACAAGAGAAAGAGGUUCUUCAUUUCGAGGGCAGUUGUUUGAUGAAGGAGGAUCAACGUUCGACGACCAAUAUUCAAGUUGUUCUGUCUUCCGUUGACGCCAACUGGGAGAAGGUCAACGAACUCGUUCGAGAGCAGAGGAAGAAAUACGCCGACAUGGACACGGAUUGGAAGGCUUACGAAGAAGCCAGAGAAAAGGUGAAGCAAUCGAUCGACGAAGCGAACGCUCUCCGACGAUCCGUAGAGGGAGUACCUUACGAUGUUACGCAAGCGAACCUAAGUUUGGAGAAACACAGGAAAGCCCUUGAAGUACUGAAGAAGGGUAAACAAUAUUUAGAGAAAAUGGACACGAAAGCGCAACACCUGACGAAAGAAGCAUCCCUGAUGCCUAACUUUAACUCGGAGUUGAUCGACUCCGACCUGAACGAAAUUCGACAAAACUACCAGGACGUUUACAGCGACAUCGGUGAAAAAUUGCAGACGUACGAGUCUCGGGUGAUCAUCUGGAAGCAAAUCGAAGAAUCAAAGUCGGAAGUUAUCAAGUGGCUAACCAAUACCAACGAUGCUCUCACGACCGCCUGCGAACGUUCCCUUGACGUGGACAAUUGUCAAGCCCGAUUGAUACGAUAUCGGGAGGAACUGCCGGCUCAUCGACAACUCUAUCAGAACAUCCUCGCAAAGAUCGAGCAACUGAUCAAGUUUAACAACGACGCGGACAUCCCGACCUUGAACUCGCUGCGCGCACUGCUGGACGAUCAGUUCAAAUUGGUCAAGAGCUCGGCGGACAAACUGGAAUAUUUGACGUCGACGAUGAACGAAAAGGAGAGAACGAUCAGACAGGAGAUGAAGAGAUGCGGCGACGCGAUCUCCAAGAUCCGAGAGGACAUCAUCAAGUGCGACGACUUGACGGGUGAAAAUACAAAGAUCCUCAACCGUAUCAACAAAUGCCAGGAGCUGAAGACCGAGCUCGAGCAAUGCGACUACGCUCUCUCGAAGCUCGAGGAGACUCUCACGGAAACGUCCACGGAAUACCCGAGCAUUUCUAGAUCUAGCCUGCCCAAAGAGCUUCAAGCGUUGCAACUGCGAAGAGACGGUGUCGCCAGCCACGCGAACAAAGUGGUCGCAACAUUGGUAGCCUUUCUGACCAAACUGUACCACGAAAAGUUCGGAGCUCUUCAACGGAUGGUGGUGACCCUUAAAGAAAAAGUGGCCUGGUGCGAACCCGAACAGAGCAGCGAUCGUUACAAUCUCGAAGUGAAAAUGGCCUCGUUGUUGGACGUGGAGGCUGGUAUAGCGGAUUGCAUCGGCAGAAAGGAGGAUACCGACAACUCUUUGAAGCUUUUGGCGUCCGUCGAAAGCGCCGAAACGAUGACCGUUCUGAAGGCUGAACGGGACAGGGUCAACGUCGAACUGGACGCGCUCAAGUCCUCCUACGGCAAGAUCAAGAACGACCUGGAACGGAACAUCGCUCUGUGGCAACGUUACGAAGUCACCUCGGAGAACGUUCUGUCGUGGCUGAAGGAGAACGAGAACAAAAUCAGAGCCGAGGCGUCGAUGCUCCUCGACACGAACGAAAUCGAGGCGAAAAUCGACGAGAUGAACCAAGUCCGUAAAACGGUGACCGAGUACCAAACCGAGCUAAAAGAUCUCUCGAUGCUCGCCGAGGACAUAACGAAAGUCAGCUCCGAAUCCAGAGUGAAUCAGUACAUAGGCCACCUCAACACUCGAUACGAAUACGUGGUAAAGUUUUUGUCUCAACAUCUGGAGAGAUUGCAAGGUGUGAAAGAGAACAGGGACCGGUACGCGGCGAGCAAACAGAAGCUGGAAGCUUGGCUCGAGAACGCGGAGCAGACGUUGAAGAUUUACGACGAAAUUACCGGACCGAAGCCGAUCACGUUCUACCAAUCGCGACUCAAGGAACUGAAAGCGUUCGGCGAGGAACGAGAAUUAGGACAAGCUAUACUUAAUCGAACAGCCGAGGCGGGCGAAACUUUGUUCGCAAGAAUCACGCCGGAUCAACGAGAAACGAUCAGAGCCGAGCUGAGAAAUUUCCGCAACCGCGUGGACGCCAUGGCGGAUCGGUCCAACGUCAUCUACAAGAAGAUAGAGAGCGACAUGAUGCACAGAUCUUCCUUCGAAGACAAGUUCUCCCAAGUGAAGCAGUGGCUGGCGGACGCGCAGAGCAAAUUAGAAGAGAAGCAGGAUCUUUUGCCGACGCUGCAGGAGAAAAAAUUUGCUCUUCAUCUGUACAAAGCCGUCGCGCAGGACGUGACCGUUCAUAAGAACAUCUUGCAACAGCUACAACAGAGACUGACCGCGUCGCCCGACGACGAGGCCAGCGAAAUGUUGGCCAGCGUGAUCGAAGCUUACGAGAAGCUGUCCAACGAGGUGGAAGGACGUAUCAACAUCGCGGACAAACACGUAUCGAAUCACGAGGCUUAUCUUCAAACGUUCGAGAAGACUCGCGAUUGGAUCAACACCGCGAUCAACGAGGGGACGCCGAUCAUCGAAGAUUUCUCCGUGGAACGGGAGAUGGCGCAAAAUAAAAUCGCGUCUAUAGAAAGCUUGUUGCAGCAGAAAACGGAAGCUGAUCGGAUUCUCUUCGAAUGCAACCAACAAUUGAAUAUCGUUCUCGAGCAAACCUCUCUGCCGGGCCAUCAGGCUCUGGUGAGCAACUUUGAGCAACAAAAGAAGAUUUGGGAGGAGUUUCUAAAGAGGUGCGCCGCCGCCAGAGACAAAUUGAACCACAUGUUCGAUCAGUGGUCCGAGUUCGAGAAGAUCGUCCAAGGUUUGGAAGGCUGGAUCAAACAAACGGAGAUUCAGCUAAAGGAUCAGAGUUUGAAGAGCUCCGAGGAAGCUAAGAGAGCGCAUCUGCAAAAACUAAAGUCUUUGGAGGAAGGUAUCGUCGCGAAAGGGGCUGAAUUCAACGCUGUUAUCGAGAAGAGCCAGAGUAUAGAGGCCGAAGCUGAUCUCGCUACGAGGGUAUCUAGACAAACUACCAAGUAUCAAGCCAUCAAGAAUCAAGUAAAGGAAGCCGUGAUGCGGUACGAACAGUUCGUCAAGGAACACAACGCGUUCAACGUAAAGUACGCGCAACUGUUGGAGUGGAUCGAGGAGAUUCGGUCCGAGUUGAAACGACAGAGCGAGAUCGUCGGCGAUUUGUCCGUGUUGCAAAGCAGACAGAAACGCAUACGCGAUCUCGGCGACACCAGAACGAAGGAAAACGCUCGGUUCGAGUCGGUGAUCGAUCUCGGCGAGAAGCUCUACGUGCAUACGUCUCCGGACGGCCGAGAAAUCAUCAGGCAACAGCUGAGAAACCUGCGAACCCUUUGGGACGGAUUCUCCGAAGAGCUCCAGGGCACCACGCAGAAAUUGGACCAGUGCUUGAUGCAGUUUGCGGAAUUUUCGCUCUCUCACGAGCAACUGACCGCCUGGCUUCGAGACGUCGAGCGCACGAUGCACCAACACACGGAAUUGAAGUGUACCCUGGAAGAGAAGAGAGCGCAGCUGCAGAACCACAAGAUCAUGCAUCAGGAAAUAAUGUCCCAUCAGUCUCUGGUCGAGUCCGUCUGCGAUAAAGCUCAACAGCUGGUGGAUCAGACCAAGGACACGUCUUUGAACGUCUUUUUGCCCUCUAUCAAACAGCUUUUCCACAACAUCGUGGCCAAAUCGAAGGAUUUGCUCGAAAAUCUCGCCGACUGCGUGGAAAAGCACCAUCGUUUCAAUCUGCAAGCAAAGGGUUUCUCCGACUGGCUGAACAGCGAAAGAGAGAAACUCGCCGAAUGCAACGACCUCACGGGUGAACGCGCCGACAUUUCCCGUAGACUGGCGACACUGACGAUGCUGAAGGACGAUCAGAUGCAAGGAGCGGAAUACCUCGGCAAGCUGAAGGAGCUUAGCGACUCGGUCACCAAGAGAACCGCGCACAAAGGAUGGGAUGCCAUCCAUAAGGAGAUCACCGUUAUGGAGGGCAACCUCCGUCAAUAUUUGACCGAAAUAGAAUUGGUCGAGCAAAAACAAAAGGCGGCGUUGCAAAAGUGGCAAGACUUCGAGGACAAGCUGGAAGCCCAUACGAAAUGGUUCUCCGCGAUGGAAGCCGCGUUCAGAGAUCAACAGCUACAGCCUACUCUACGGGAGAAGGAAACACGGUUGGCUACCCUCAAGGAGAAACGUGACUCCAUACUCAAGAAAGAAUCCAAGAUUGAUGAGUUUGUCGACAAGUCUCAUAGUUUACUCCAUGCUAGCGGCGUGGAACGUAUAAAACCGAUGAUUUCUCAAAUUAGUAACAGAUAUCAACUGUUACACGUGCUCAGCAAAGAGGUGGUAACUCGAUGCCAAAGCAUCGCGGACGAUCAUCGCGCCUACGAGGAAAAAUUGAAAGGUUUCGAUGAGUGGAUCGCUCGGUUGGAGCAAAGUCUGUCCAAUUUGAAGAAAGACGAAACCGGGAGAAAUUUGGAAGAGAAGGUCUCGCGUCUGCAAAUACUUUUAGCCGAGAAGGAGCAAGGCGAACACCGUUUGGCCGGUCUAGCGUCCUUCGGGGAGAGGAUUCUAGCCGACACCUCGGCUCAAGGACGGGAAUUGAUUCGUCACGAAUUGAGACAAGCUCGGGAACGAUGGGAUAAACUCGUGGAGGAAAUAGCCGAACAACAAAAGAAACAAGAUGCUCAGUCUCUGCAGUGGUCCAAUUACCAGGAGACCCUGCAACAAAUCCUAGCUUGGUUGGACGCGAUGGAGAGGUCUGCGAAGCAGGAUUCAUCGAUCGCUUGGUCAUCCCUUCAGGAAAUUAAAUCGAAAUUGCUCAAGAGCAAGGCGAUGCAUCAGGAAAUCUUGGCCUACAAGCGUAUCAUCGAAGGCGUUUCUGAAAAAGCGAACGCGCUUACGUACACCGUCCAAACGCCCUCCGACGCUCGGCAGAAUGCUGCCUCGGUCUCGGAAAGAUACGAAGACCUGGUCGACAUGUCGCAGAAAAACAUGUCCAACUUGGAGACCCUUUUGGACACGUUCCAACAAUUUUACGAUCUUCAAAAGUCCUAUCAGGAUUACCAGAAGCAACAAUGGGAACAGUUGGCCAACUACAGCGACUACACGGGCAACAAGGCUGCUCUUCAGGCACAAUUAACUAAAAUCAUGGAACUUCAAGACGGCCAGAGGGAAGGAGAGUUAAAGUUGAACAUUCUGAACGAACACGUCGCCCAGAGUGCUCGUAAUCUGACACCGAGAUCGCUAGAGUCCAUGGAACGAGAUUUAGCUACGUUGAGAUUCGAGCACAAGAAGUUCGCGACUGCUGUGAACGACAUCGUUCGAUGCGUCGAGGAAAGGAUUCAGCAAUGGAGCGAGUACGAGAAUUCUUUGGAGCGCCUAUUGGCCUGGCUGGCCGACGCGGAAUCGUCUUUGAAAAAUUACUCGUUGAAGAAUACCCUCGACGAGAAACAGGAGCAACUAGAAAAGUACCAGGCACUACAAAAGACCGCGUUGUCAUGGGAUACGGAAGUCACGGAACUGGUGGCGCUCGGAGACCACCUCGAUCAAAUGUUGAUCGUGAAUCUCCGACAAAACGAAGCAGAAUUCGACAGAAUGAGCGACGAAUCAUCCGAGCUAAUGCAAAUCAGCGGCGAGACCAGAUUCUCCGCCAGCGUUCAGCAGAUUACAUCUCGGUUCCAGUCUAUUCAAGCUACCGCCAAGGAACUUGUUAAAAAAUGCGAGCAAGCGGUGUCGGAUCACGCCGCUUACCUAGAACGCUACAAACAGUGCUCGGAAUGGUUGGCGAACGCGCGAACUUGUUACCGUUCGAUCAAGGACGACGGGACGAGUACGCGCGAAGAAUUAGCCUCGAACGUUGGAACCCUGAAAGAUCUUUCGACGCGCCAAUCCUCGGCGACCCUUUUGAUAAACAACACGGUGGAGGCUGGGGAACGAUUGUACCCGACGACCGGAACGGAGGGACGAGAAAUCGUUCGCCAGCAGCUGCUGGAACUUCAACAAGCCUUCGAAGAACUGUACGACAGCAUCGCCUCGACGGAACGCGAACUUCUAUCGAAGAUAUCGCGGUGGUCCGGGUUCGAGGAAUCGAACGAGGCGUUCGAAGAAUGGCUGAGAAACAUCGAGACUCAACUGAAAGCGGAAAUCGAGCUGAAGACAACAUUGGACGAGAAACGAGCUCAGCUGCAAAUCUACCGCACGUUCCUGCACGACGCGCAGACCCAUCAGCAGGAUUUGCUCGAUCUUCGCGACAAGGGCGAUAAUCUACCGGAUUCUACCGACAAAGUGCACCAAACUCUGAAGAUGUUGAACGAGAGGCACGCCGCGGUACUGAAACGAGCCGCAACGUUCGUCGAAAGAUACGAGGGCAUCGUCAGCGAUCAUCAGCAGUACAGCAAGUCUGUCCUGGAUACGCACGAGUGGUUGGAUGCGACGCAUAACGCGGUUAUAUUAUGGGGCGACACGGAACUCGAGCGAGUGUCCCUGCACACCAACCUCGACCGUUUGAAGAACCUUCUGCAGAGUUUGCCGGAAGACGAACCGAGGGUCCAACAGAUCAGGACGCUAGGCGAGAAGGUGAUACCCGGCACGUUGGAGUCCGGUCAGAUAAACAUUCGAUCGCAGAUCGAUUCGUCACAGCAGGAGUGGGAAAGUUUGGUCACCGCUGUCAAUUCCACCAUCGACACUCUGGAAAACAAGCUGCAACAAUGGAACGAGUUCGAGACGUCCAAGGAACGAUGUCUCGCCUGGAUGAGGGAAACGGACACGAAACUGCACGCAGUGGACUUGAAGCCCACUCUUCUAGAGAAGAAAGAUCAGUUGGAGAUGCUGCGCACUCUUCAAGGGCAGGUUCGCGCGAAGGAACUGGAAAUCGACGCCGUGACGGAGAAAGCCCAACAACUGCACAAGAACCUUACGUCUCGUACGAGCCAGGUCUCGGAGCUGAGCAUCAAGUACCAGCAAAUCUCGAACAAAGUCAAGGAUCUGAAUGGCCGUUGGCAUCAAUACGUGACCACUCAUCAGGAGUUGGACAAUCAGGUGGCCGAGUGCACCAGAUGGUUGGACGAUAUCAGGAAAAAGUUGGCCUAUUGUUCCGAUCUCGGUGCCUCUUCGCAGAAAGACUUGGAGAACAAAAUGGAGAUAGUGCAGGACCUGUUGCUCUGCAAGGAGGAUGGAUUCGGCAAGGUUCAAGGAAUCGUGGAAUUGGCUCAAACUGUGUUAGCCAACACCGCGCCGACGGGACACAAAGCUAUCAACGAUACGGUCGGCAAGCUUCAAGAACAGUGGAGCGCUCUGGCCUCGAAGAUGUUGGAGACCAAGACCAAUCUGGACGACUCCAUCAACAAGUGGGCUGGACUCCUCGAGCAGAUACAGUCUAUGAACAAAACCGUCGAGUACAUGCAGACGGCUUUGAACGAUUUCUUGCCGUUCCAGACGACCAUGGCGGAAAAGAGGUGUCAGCUGGAGCGCGUCAAGGCUCUCGAGGAGAAAAUUCGAUGCGAAAACAUCGAGGUGGACGGUCUGAAAAUGAAGGUUGCCGAAAUGAUUGCCAGCGGACCGCAGGGAUUGGCCGCCUCCCAGGCUCAGACUAUCUUAAACAGAUUCGACGCGCUCUUCGAGAAGAUCAAGUCGUUGCUGAUCGAACGGGAAGAACAGUACAAGGAUCAUCGAUUGUACAAAGAGGCGCACGACGACAUCAUCAACUGGCUGAGUCGAGCUCGCGAGAAAAUACCCUCCAUGAAGCAAAGACCUCUCAGCGAUAAAUUAGCUAUCGAGAACGCGGUGGCGCCGUUGGAGAGUUUGUUGAACAAAAAGGCUCAGGGUGAGUUGCUGGUCGAGCAUUUACAGCACACCGGAAAAGUGGUUUGCGCUAGUACCAGCCCGCAAGGACAGGAAAUCAUUAAGAACGAGGUUCGCGCUCUCACACAGAGUUUCGAGGAAUUAUUCAAAGAAAUCAGACAGCAGAAAGACCAACUGGAGCAGACGGUGGGCCAAUGGCGCGAGUACAAAGACGAAUACGAGAGACUCAGCGACUGGUUGCAGCAGUUCGACAUCCUCGUCAAGGCGCAGAAGAACUCUCUGUUGCCGAACGUCGCCGAGAAGGAAAAGCAAGUGCGAGAGGUUAAGGAGAUCCUGGAGAAGCUGCUCAAGGGCCAGGAACAGAUCGACAAAUUCAACAAAACAGCCUCGGGACUUCUCUCCUCUCACUUGGACACCUAUGUAAACAAUCAACUGCGUCACCUGAAUUCACGGUACCAAGUCCAGGUGAACUUGGCGAAAGACGUGCUGAACAAGGUCGAGACGAACUUGGCGCAACACCAAGAGUACGAAGCGAAUCUGGCCAAGACGCGCGCUUGGAUCGAGAACGCGAAGCAAAUAAUUCGCAAAGGAACGGAGGCGGCGUCCACCAGUAGCCGAGAAGAAUUGCAGAACAGGUUGGACAACAUUCAAGAGCUACUGAGGAAACGAGAAGAGGGCCAGAAUCUGGUCCAUCUGACCGUGAACUGUGGCGAAAAGGUAACGAGGAACACCAGGUCGGACGGCCGGGAAGAGAUCAACGCGCAACUGAAAGAGAUCCAGAACGACUGGGAGAGACUGGUGAAGAAAAUUUCGACGACCAAGGUUCAUCUCGAGACGAGCCUCCUUCAAUGGGCCGACUAUAGUUCGUCGUACCUGCAACUUCAACAGUGGAUCAACGACCGCGAAGCAAAGUUGCAGCAAGUUUGCGAGCAAAAGGUUUCGAAGGCUAGAAAAGGUUUGGCUGGUCUGAGCUCGUUGGCUAUCGGCGAAAGGAAAGCUAACCUGAGACAAACGAACAGCAUCGUUCAAGACAUAGUAGCGUUCGAACCGAUGAUACAGUCCGUCACCACCAAGGCGGAAGAUCUUCGCCAGGCGACGCCCGCCACCGAGAUCUCGAUCAAGUACGAGACUCUGAGCAAACAAGCGCAAGAGUUGUACGCGAAACAGAAGGAAACCGUCGAGCAACAUCAAGCUUUCAUCGACAGCGGAAACGAGUUCGUUCAGUGGAUACGCGCGGCGAAAGAGAGACUUGGAAAAUGUUCGGAGCCUACAGGCGACAAGGAGUCGUUGGCAAACAAAAUCACGCAGUUGAAGGUGUUGCAAAGCGAACUACCCGAAGGCCAGAAGAAACUCGAACACGCUUUGGAACAGGGCAACGCGGCCUGCCAGAUCGCCGACGAGGAAGACAAGGAAAUAAUCGAGGAGGAAGUGGCGUUGUUGCAAGAGGAGUACGACAGCUAUGUGGACUCGUUAAACAACACCAAGAGCUUGCUAGAGGUAGGAAUAGUCAAGUGGACAGAGUACGAGGAUCAAUUCUCCGAAGCUGCCGAGUGGCUCACGCAAACCGAGCAGCUGGUGCAAUCGUUCAACAAACUACAGGACAGCUUGGAGGAGAAAAAGAACGUUCUCGAGCAGUUCCAGAUCCAUCUUCAAACUUUGUUCGAUUGGCAAAAAGAGCUCGAUCGUUUGAACAUGAAAGCUCAGAUGUUACUGGAGACCUGCGCGGACACGAGAAUCUCGAACGCCAUCACUCAGCUGACCACAAAAUAUAACGCAUUAUUGUCGCUCGCGAAAGAAAUAAUGAGACGCUUGGAACUCCAUUACCAGGAACAUCAACAGCACAAUACGCUGUACCAAGAGUGUCAAGACUGGAUCGAACGAACGCGCGACAAACUCGGCGAGUGCAAAGAAAUUCCAAGCACCCUGGCCGAGGUGAACAACAAACUGCACACUUGCAAGACCAUCAGACAGACCCUCGAGCAGGGCCAAAACAAGCUGCGGUACGCUCUCGAGUUGAAGGAGAAGGUAAUCAUGAACACCGAGCAAAACGGAGCCGCAAAGAUUCAGGAAGACACCGAGAACCUUAAGACCGAGUUUGAGAAGCUGUUGGUCAACGUCGAAGACAUUAGGCAGAAGCUGUCCGCGAGAGCCACCGCGUUGGAGGAACUGAACAAGAUUCAUCGACUCACCACGGAUUGGAUCGAUGAAAUCGAGGGGAAGAUUCAGCCGGGAGAAAUGUUCAAGAACGAUCUGAGCGAGAAACGGGCAGUUCUGGAAAAGUAUAAGACGGUUCACAGAGACAUUCAAGGUCACGGUGAAACCGUCGAUCGUUUGAAGGCUCGUCUCGCCGAAGACUCCAGCAUACCCGUGGCUCCUUACCAAUCGACCUUUGCCAAAUACGACCAAUUGAACAAACUCAUAUCCGAUAAGAUACGCAAUUUAGAGGAGCAGGUGAACGAUCACGAGAAAUUUCAGCAAGCGCAAAACGAGGCAGCCGACUGGGUCCGUCAAACGAAACUGGAACUCCAGCAACAUUGCGACACCCACGGCGAAAAGGAACGGAUCAUCGAAAGAGAGAAGAAGGUCGAUCGGAUCAUCGCCUCGCUUCCCAGAGGAGAGACUCUGAUCUCUAAGGUGAUACAGCUCAGCGACGCCGUGAUUUCCAGCACGGGUCCAGAAGGCCAAGAAGCCAUCGGACAAGACGUGAAGCAGUUGCAAUCCAACUGGAAGUCUCUGCAAUCGCAGUGCCACGACUCUCAAAAAACAUUGUCAAACUGUAUAUCCAGUUGGUCUCGGUUCACCGGUGCGUUGGAUAGCAUGAAAAGAUGGAUAGACCAUUUUCAGAAAAAAGUGAACGAUGAGCAAUCGAAAGAGAACAAAACUCCCGAGGAUUUGGUGCGCUGCAAGAGUCUCGUGGAAGAGGCUAUCCAGCAAAAGCCCGUUCUCGAAGAACUGAACGACAAAUGCGAGGCCUUGUUGGAGAUGAGCGCGUGCAGUUGGGCACGCGACAAAACGGUCCAACUGCAAUCGGCUUACACGUCUCUGUUGACAGACAUGCAAAGUCUGGUGUCGAAGGUAGAGAAAAAUUUGUCGGACCACACCGAGUUCCUGAAAGCCAAGAAAGAGAUGGAAGAUUGGUUACGCGUCGCGCGCGGCUCGGUACAAGAUUGUAUGGGCGUUGGAGACGCCGAGUGGGCCAAGGACAAAUUAGAAACGAUCAAGAUCGUCGCGAUGCGAAUCACCGAGGGUCAACAUCUGCUCUCGACGCUGCAAACAGCAUUCGCAAAGGCGAUCGAGACCGCGGUGCCGGAGCAACAAGAACAGCUGAGAACAGACAUGGCUGGACUUCGUUCCGGCUGGGAACAGCUGAGCAUCGAUUUGAACACAGUUCAAGCUCGGCUAAAGUCUCUUUUGAGUCGCUGGGACGAUCACGGCGAGGCUCACGGCAAGUUUCAGCAUUGGCUGGACGAAACCGAGAAAAGUAUGCGGAAACUACCGGAUACCAAAGGGGAAUUCGGUGACAUGAAAACGAUGUUGGAGCGUUACAAACAUAUCCAAGAGGAAGUUGCCGAGAAAAAGACCGAGUUGGAUCAUCUGAUAGAGGAAGCCAGCGAAUUGUCCAAGUUGGCUAAGAAAAACCGACCUCUGGAUCAAACGAACAAAUUAUUGAAACGCUGGCAGGAUUUGAGCGAUCGCGUCGAUGAAAGGAAAAAGCUCGUCGAAAACGAGAUGCAAGAGUACAACGCUUACCACGCGGCUCUGCAAGAAACCGAGAAAUGGUUGCUUCAGAUAUCCUUCCAGCUGAUGGCUCACAAUUCUCUCUACAUCACGAGCAAGGAGCAGACGAUCAGUCAGAUAAAGCAACACGACAAUCUGCUCGAGGAAAUCGAGAUGUACACGAGCGUAUUGGAGGAUCUCAAGUUGAAAGGCAACGGACAAAUUUCUCGCUACGUGACCGUCAAUACCGAAAUAAAAACAGUGAUCGAAACGCAGCUACAAAACGUCCAGGAGAGUUACAACUCUCUGCUGAACACCGCGUUACAAAUUAAGAAACGAUUGGCGGAAUCGCUGAUCAAGUUCCAAGAGUACGAGAACACCCUUGAAAGCAUCAUGAAGAACUUGGAUGCGUACGAACCCGAAAUUACGCAGGAAAUGGAAGCACCGUUCGACACCCUCGAACAAGCGAAGGAAAGGUUCGAGAACGCGCGCACCUUGCACAACAAAUUACAGGCCGAGAAGACGCGAUUGGCUUUAGCGGUCGAAGCUUGCGAAGCUGCGGUGGCUUGCGUUUCGAGGCCUGGAAGUCCUCUCGAUGCUCCACCCGUGCAAAUUCCAGCGAGAGAAGUCGAGGUCCGGACCAAACUCGAAGACCUUAUCGAUCAAGCACAGGGACAUCUGAUGAACGCGACCAAGGCCGUGAGCGAGCUGGAGGAACAAACUCGGCAGAAAAACGCCCUUCGCACGUGGAUAAAUCAGCAACGAGCCCUCUGCGCCGAGUGGAAGUCUCGACCGGCGAAACUGCGAUCCGAGGCGGCGCACGCCGAGCUUCAAGCGAUGAACGAUCUCCUCGGGAACGUCGGAGAACGUCGAACACACGCCAUCACCGAACUUUCGAUCCACGAAGAGGAUCGAGACAUCGAGGAAGGUCUCGAGAAACUCGAGAGAGAGCUAACGGAUGCCAUCGCUGCGAAACAAGCGGCCCAGGAACUGAUUCAAAAGUAUCGAUCGCAAGUGCAGAACAUUCAAUCAUGGUUGGACGCGCUCUCGAAGAAAAUCGACGUAGUCGAGAAAGGCAACGGGCAGACGAUCGGGCAGAAAAUAGCGAGCGCGAAAGAGAUCGCGUCCGAGUUCGAGUCACAAGGACCCGAUAGAUUGAACCAAGUCAAGAGUCUGGGCGAUCGAGUGAUGGACUCUGUGAGCAACCUGGAUUCUCAGCAGAUAGAGGAGCAGAUCAAGUCAGUAGAGAGGCGGUACGCGGACACCGCGAAAAAGCUCCAGAGGAAGGCGCAGGUGUUGGACAUGACCGCUCAAGGCAUCGAGGCAACCAGGCAAGAGAUAGAGGAAAACAGAGACUGGAUUCAACUGAAGAAACAGCAAGCUCAGUUAUCCGAGCCUGUGGGCUACGACAGCAAAUUGGCAGAGGAGAGACUUCUCGCUCUGAAGGCGAUGCUGAAAGAAGCCGAAGGGAAGCAAAUGGUAAUCGACACUCUGGAGAAGCGGGUUGGGAACAUGCAGAACGAAUUAGAGGGGAACGAACAGCAACAAUUGGAGAACGAGACCAAGGCGCUACGCGGAGAACAGGCAGAGCUUUGUACGAUCCUAACGGAAGGAAUUUCGAGCGCGACUGCCGCGGCUGACGCUCGUCGCAAAUUCGAGGGUGAGCUGGAUCGCGCCCGAGCCUGGAUCAAGUCCAAGAGCAACAACUUGAAGAAACUGAGCGGAUAUCUGCCUUUGAAGGCCGCGAAAGUCGAGCAGGACAUCGAGCAGCAUAGCGAGUUGGAAGCCGAUAUCGAUUCAUUCAGCGAGAAAGACCUCAACGACAUUUUGAAACAAGGAAACACGUUGCUGAAGGAGUGCAGCGACGAGGAUCGAGCCAGACUCGAAACCAUCUUGGACGAGUUGAGCAAGGAUUAUCAGGAACUGAAGGGUGAAGCGAGGGAAAAACAAGCGGCAUUGGCGGAUCUUCUUCAAGGCCGGAAAGCGUUCGAGAACGAGAUAGACAAGUGUCAGAGAUGGAUCAACGAAGCCGAAGUAGCUACUUCUUCGGACCUGCGGACCUCCAGUAUCGAUAUUCUACGAGAACAGCUUGCCAAGUACGAUCGGCUCAAGAUGGAGGCGAACGAGUACGAGUCCGACAUUGAAAAAAUAAUUCAACAAGGAAAGUCCAUCCUUCCCACGGUGAGCGACGCUGACAAACUCGAAUUGAGCGAGCAACUGCAAAACAUGAGGGAAGCACACGGAAGAGUGGCUGGAAUUAUAAACGAGAGAGCGCUCGCUCUACAAAAGAGCAUCGACGAGGCUGAAGAAUCGUUGGCGCGAGUCGCCGAGGCCGUACAGUACAUGACGGAUGUGCAAAAGGAACUUCAAGAACUGAACAAACCUAUCGGUGCUCGCGUCGAAGACGUCGAAGCCAUGUUGGACUCUUACGAACGAAUUCUGAACGAUUUGAAAGCGAACAAAGCGAAACUGUCAGACUUGGGAUCGGUGAAUGUCGCCGAUCUCCACGGUGUGCUGGCACAACAAGACGACCUCGUAAAGGCCAUCGAGUCACAAAUAUCGAAACUCCGACAGUUACUUUUGCUGCGGCAACAAUUCCUCGCUCUGAUCGCUGAAAUCACCACGUUCGUCGCCAAGUACACGGAGAUCGUUCGGGACAUCGAAACCUCUGGCCUGACUACGGAGGAGAAAAUCAAGAGAUACGACGACGCGAUUCUCAAGAUCCAAGAGUGCGAGGCCACCCUGGCCAGCGCGACCGACAAAGGCCAGCAAAUCGCCGCGGAGGGUUCGACCGUUGACAGAAACAACAUAACGGAGCAGCUGCAAUCUUUGAAGCUGCAAUUGCAGGCCUUGAGGAGAGCCGUGGAAACGCAAAGAGAACAACACGAACUGGCUGCGGCGGAACACAAGAGGUUGGCCAACGAACUAGCCGAAAUUCUCGAGUGGCUGGAGGAUAAAGAGAAGGAAGUGAAAUCGAGACCUCUACUCGAAAGAGAUCCGGCCAGCGUCGAGGCUGAACUGAACAAGCACCAGGAACUUUGCGAGACUGUCAACGAACAUCUCGACAGAAUCACAAACUUGAAGAAUUCGAUUCCCUACGAGGAAGGCAUGCCUGGCUCCUUGAAGGAAAUGCUUAGCGAAGCGGUGUCCCUCUUGUCUUCUCUGCCAAGAGAAAUGGAGGAGCGUGGAAAUUACUUGGAAAAUAAUAUCAAGCUGCGGUUGGAGUACGCUGCGCUUACCGACAAACUUCACGGAUGGGUUCGCGAAGCGGAGAUUCGACUCGAAAGCGACAAGAACGGACUCGAUUUCGAAAAUAUUCUCAGCGAUCUGGAAGAACACAAGAUAUACUUCAGCAGCGAGCCGUCUAUUCGCGAGCUCGUGUCUCAACAAAUCCAGCAGGCGGCGGAUAAGAUUUGGCCAUCGUUGACCACCUCCGAACAAGAGGAGCUGAGCGUCGAACAACAACAGCAUACUCAAUUAUUGAAGAACACCCUGAAUACCGCGAAAUCGCAACGCGCCAGACUCGAGCAAGGCGCCGAGACCUGGAGAGACUACACGCAAACUCUCGAACGAGUUCGAGCCGUUAUCGGGAGAUCCAGAUUCACCGACGAACCCGUCACAACUCUGGCUGGUUUGCAGUUCAACAUACAGAAGAUCACGCACGCGCUCAACGACAUACAGAAUCAACAAUUCGAGCUAGAUCUUUUGAACGAACGGGGUCGCGAGGUCCUUCGUUUGGCCGAUGCCAACAACAAGAAGACGAUAGAGGCUCAGAGCUCCGAAAUCGGUGCCGAAUGGAAAGAAUUGGUAUCCGGUUUGGAGGGUCGCAGAGACGCUCUCGAAGCUCUCUCGAAACAUUGGGAAGACUUGGAGGCGCAGUGGUCCCUCGUUGAAGCUCGCGUCAAUGCGACGGAAGAGAAGAGCAAACUCGUGGACACGGUGGUUCGUUCGAAACAGCACUUGCAUGACACCAUCAAAGCUUUACGCGAGUUAGUGGCGGAAGGUGAGAAAUUGAAACCGAUGACGGACGAACUAAAAGCUCUGGUAGGACCCGUUCUCGCGUAUCUCGCAGCUUUCACCGAGGACCCGGCGCGCGUGCUCGAAAAGAAACUCAACAAAUUGCAGAAUUCCGUCGAUACACUCGUCGUCUCCCUUCAGGCGAAAUCCAAGAAGGCGGACGAAGACUUGGAGACGUUCGAAAGCGCCGAGCGUGAGAUCGAGCACCUGAGAAAGCGUUUGAACGAGGCGCGCGACCGCGCCUCGAGCCUUUACGUGUUCGGCUCGGAUCAAGACGCGACCGAGGAGGAGCUGGACGAGCUACGCUCGGCCGUCGACGAACUUCUCGAGGCCGCCAAGAACUUUUCAGGAAGCACUAAGGCGCGGUACCAAGCUAGCCAGCAGCUGAUCCCGAGCGAUCUCGGUCAACAUUUAACGGCACUAGAGCUUUGCGCGGAAGCGACAGCCCAGGUCAUGGAGGAGAAACAGAGGGAACAGAAGCGAGCCAGAACCGUCAGAUCGGAUUAUCUGACCGACCUGGACGAAGUUCAGGCAUGGAUGCGUCAGGCCGAGCUGAAAGUGCAAGACAGAUCGGUCGAACCCAGCCGUCUGAAGGAGCAGCUGAAACAGGUGCAGGACGAGCUGGCGACGAUCGCCGACAAGCUCGAACGACUAACCAGAAACGGCCGUUCCAUAGCCGAGAACACGAGAGACGAAGCCGAGAAGCAAUUGAUCAACAGCACCGUUCACAAUUGCACCGAACAGUUGAAUCAGCUGAGAAAUUGGCUGGACGAGAGGAAGCAAUCGGUGGCCGACACCAUCGACGCCUGGCAGAGAUUCUUGACGUUGUACGAAACCGUGAAGAACUGGACGGAAGAAAAGAAAGAGUUCUUGGUCGAGCCGUUGAAGCUCGCUACUCUCGCGCAGGCCAGGCAGAGGCUGCACGAAUAUUCGACAGCCGUAAAGAGCUGCAAACAGAUCAACAAACAUCUCAGCGACAUGGGGAAAGAACUCGAGAAUAUCGGUCAGGUUUGCAGCGUGGGCGAUUUGCCCGAGAAGCUGCUCGAGGCGGAAGAGACCAAGGUUCGGGUGGAGGGUCAACUGUUGGAAAGGAACGCUUUACUCCAAGAAACCAGCGAGGAAUGGGAGCAAUGCGAGAGAAAACUGAAGGAAGUGAAAACGUGGAUCGAGAAGACGAGGCAGAAUCUCGAUUCGCCGCAGAGCAAAAAGAAACCGUUGCGAGAUCAGCACAUCGUUCGGGAGAAAAUGUUGAGCGACAUCGCGAUACAGAAAACAAAAAUCAGCAUAUCGAUGGAGAAGCUCCAAGUUCAUUUCCGUUCCGGGAUCGGUGGCGACAGUCGAAUCGGCGACACGGUAGACGAACUCCUCGACGAGUUAGACGGUCUUCAUAGCACCGUGAAAGAGCAGACGACGUCGCUAGAGGCUUGUUUAGCUCAAAUCGAUCGAUAUCAACAGGAGAUACAACAUUUGAGGCAGCAGAUCGUACAGGUGGAGCAACAACUGAGGACGGUGCUCAGCCCGACUUACCUCUCCAGCGACAAGGAGAAGGCUUUGCAGGAGCAACAGAUUUAUCGCGAGAGGAUCAAGUCGUUGCAAAGCAAAAUUCAAUCACGCACGGAGAGAUCGAAGAUUCUCGCGCAGCGCGGCACGCCCGAUCUGGAGCCGUUGGAUCCGUGACGGUGCCGAUAGUCGGCCUGGGAGAAAAUCGAAUUUCGUCGCUCGUCCAGCUCGUUCCAGCCGCGCGGACGGGGACCGUCGAGAUGCCAAAGAGACCUCGCUUCGAGUUCCUCGAGCAUCGAAAGAUGAUCCUCGUUCUCCGGAUGGACAUCGAUUAACGUUUUUAAUAGCUCCAGAUCUUUUUUAGCGAAACUUUAUAGUCCUAUACGUGACCAGUCGAUCAGUCGAAUUAUAUAAACACACACACAAACACACACACACACACACACACACACACACACAAACACAAACACAUGUAUUAAAUUGUAUCAUUUAAAAGUUAAGGAAGAAUAAAGAAUCGUCUUUGUCGAAAAUACGAAUGAGCAAAGAGAAGAAAAAAAAUAAGCAAAA